AUGUACAAUCUAGGCAGUGGAAUCUUAAAGGUUGCUGUGUAUGUGACAGGAACCAGAUUUGCUUUAAGACUAAAUCUUGUCACAGGUGAAGAGGCCUUGGGUAAGAACGUCUUAUGGGACUUCCUUGAGAGGUGGCCUACUCCAGAGGACACGGUCAAAGCAUCCUGGGAAGAAAUAGCUGAGCUCAUUCAAUGUCUAGGGCUGCAUGAGAAGAGAGCAAAAAUGAUUAUUAGGUUUUCUGAGGAAUAUCUAACCAAAGACUGGGUUUACCCAAAGGAAUUGCAUGGUAUUGGAAAGUAUGGAAAUGAUUCUUAUAGAAUCUUCUGUGUUAAUGAAUGGCGCAAAGUGAGACCCUCCGACCACAUGCUGAACUUUUAUAUUGACUGGCUAUGGGAUAAUCACCGAUAUCUUGGCAUUGACUAGUGGAUAUCUAGUGACUUAGUAGUUGCGUUCAAAACUAUGGCCUUGAACUGAGGUCAGGAAUUUUUAAGCCUUAGGGAACUACUAAUGCAGGAAAGUUAACAUCCAGCUAGUGGUAUUUAUGUUGGAAAAGAAGUGAACAAAGCAUUCUAUGAUAUUUUAUAAGGCCUAACGUUUCAGGAUUUUAGUAAAUUAAUUUUCUUAAAUAAAGUACUGAGAAUGCAGGUGAAGUCUUUUAUAUUAAGUGUUAUUGAUAUUAAGCACGAGACAUGCAAUGUCAAGGAGGUUUACAGUAUUCUGAUCUCUUUUUACAUAGAUUUAGAGGAUGUAAAUUAUCAUUUUCACUUC